AUGCCAUCACAACCACAAAACCCCUCCGACCUCUACGCUCAACUAGCCGCCAAAGACAACGCCCCAGAACCACUGAAAAAAGUCCUCGCCAGAGAACAAGCAAACUAUGAUUGUUUGAGUUGUCGAGUAAUGGCAUUUACAGCUCUGGGCGCCUAUACCUACUGGUCCGGUCACCGCGAGCUCUCCUCCCGGCAGCAAGAGAUUCUUCGUUCGGGUUCAAGACUCACAAUGUCUGCUCGACGUUUUGGUAUUACUGGGUUGAGU